AUGAGCCGCAAACGUUUAGAUAUUGGAUUUCAUCGCUCCGAUCAACGUGCGGAAGUAAACUAUAAUAAUAACAAUCGCCGUGAAUUUUAUCAAGAUAGACAUACUAAACGUCAGAGACAAGAAAUGUCAAAUCCUCUAACAGGACGUCCCUAUAAUACUCAUUACUACGACCUACUAUCAACCCGAAUGAAACUCCCUGUAUUUGAAUACAAAGAAAAAGUCCUCGAUCUUAUUAAUAAACAUCAAAUUGUAUGUCUUGUGGGAGAAACUGGUUCUGGAAAGACCACUCAGAUUCCCCAGUGGUGUGUCACGUGGAUCCGUUCAAAUUGUCCUCCCAGAAUGAAAGUGGCUUGUACACAGCCUAGAAGAGUGGCUGCAAUGUCAGUGGCAGCCAGAGUGGCAGAGGAAAUGGAUGUGGAAGUCGGAAAGGAAGUUGGAUAUAAUAUUCGAUUUGAAGACUGUACAUCUCCAAAUACUAUUUUGAAAUAUUUAACCGAUGGAAUGCUGUUGAGAGAAGCCGUUUCUGAUCCACUGUUGGAAGCUUAUGGAAUAAUUGUGUUGGAUGAGGCACAUGAGAGGACACUGGCCACGGAUAUUCUGAUGGGAUUGCUCAAAGAGAUUGCAAAGCAGAGACCUCAGUUAAAAAUCCUUAUAAUGAGUGCUACGUUGGAUUGUGGCAAAUUUCAGGAAUAUUUCAAUAAUGCUCCACUUGUGACAAUUCCAGGAAGAUUGUUUCCUGUUGAAAUAUUUUAUUCGCCUGAGCCAGAAUCCAACUAUUUGGAUUCUGCCAUCAAUUCUGUAAUCCAAAUCCACAUGUGUGAGGAGACCAGUGGAGAUAUUUUACUUUUCCUAACAGGCCAAGAAGAAAUUGAUGAAGCCUGUAAAGCAAUUCAAUCAGAAGUGAGCAAACUUGGACCAAAUAUUGGCAAAAUUAACUGCAUUCCACUUUAUUCUACUUUGCCGCCGAAUUUACAGCAAAGAAUAUUCGAGCCACCUCCCGAGUCAAAGAAAGGGAUUGGAAGGAAGGUGGUUGUGUCGACAAACAUUGCUGAGACUUCUUUAACGAUAGACGGGAUUGUGUAUGUGAUAGAUCCGGGGUUUUCCAAACAGAAGUUAUACAAUCCGCGGAUUCGAGUUGAGUCGCUUCUUGUAUCUGAAAUCAGUAAAGCAAGUGCAAAGCAGAGGGCUGGAAGGGCAGGUCGAACUAAGCCCGGGAAGUGUUUCCGUCUUUAUACGGAGAAUACAUAUAUAAAUGGAAUGCAGGAGAAUACAUAUCCAGAGAUUCUCCGAUCGAAUCUCAGUUCGGUUGUGCUUCAGUUAAAGAAGCUUGGAAUUGAUGAUUUGGUUCAUUUCGAUUUCAUGGAUCCUCCUGGUUUGUUAUUUCUUGUUUAUUUCCUCAGCGCCGGAAACAUUGAUGCGAGCAUUGGAGAUGUUGAACUACCUGGCAGCCAUCGACGAUGA